AAAUACUUGUAUCAUUUUCCAAUUGGAUUAGUCAGAGCACCUUACCGUCAUCGCUUCCGUCACCUUCUCCCAUUAGAGCAACCAUCUUCGCUCCAGCCAAUAGACAAUCUCGUGGAGGAUCGAAGAACCAUGGCAGAUUCUGAUGAAUUGAUGGUAUUUGGAGUAUGGACAAGCCAUUACAGCCGCAGAGUCGAGCUUGCUCUGAAGCUCAAAGGAAUCCAAUAUCAAUACUUCGAAGAAGACCUAUCCAACAAAAGUCCCUUGCUUCUCAAGUACAACCCCAUUCACAAGAAAAUUCCUGUUCUUGUCCAUAAUGGAAAACCUGUUGCAGAGUCUCUGGUCAUCCUGGAGUACAUCGAUGAGACAUGGAAAAACAACCCCCUUUUGCCCCAGGAUCCAUACGCCAGAGCCAUGAGUCGAUUCUGGGCUAAAUUCAUCGACGAAACUAUUGUGGCGUUGGCGCUAAAACUUAGAGCAGGAACAGAGGAGGAACAAAAGCAGACCAUUGAAGAGCUGAGGAAGCAUCUGAAGGUGUUGGAGAAUCAGCUCGAGGGGAAGGAAUUCUUUGGAGGUGAUAGGAUUGGGUACCUGGACGUCAUGGCGACUGUUAUAGCGUUUUGGCUAGUGGUGGCGCAAGAGGCUAUGGGAGGACUGGAGGUGAUGACAGAGGAGAGGUUUCCGAUCUUGUACAAAUGGAUCGGGAGGAUAACAAAGAUCGACGUGGUCAAUGAAUGGCGCCCCCCAAAGGAAAAACUUAUUGAAUACCUGAAAGCCCGCUUUGCUUCCCCAAAAUCUGUCUGAAAAUAAAGAAUCAUAUCGAUAACAUGCCUCUUUAUGUAUAUCAUGAUUAAAUAGAGAAUCCUAGCAAUAACUUGCCUCUCAAUGUCCGUGCUUAUGCUGCUGCUUCUUCUGCUUCUUUAUGUCAUGUGUAAAUUUUCUUCUUCUACUACUUUUUGUAUUAUUAUCUAACAAACAUACCACAUGUAC